AUGGAGCGCUUUCACGUCACCGCCACUGGUCACAGCCUCAACUAUCUUCCCGAGUACAUAGCUCAGCGGCACGGGUUCUUCAAAGAGCAAGGGCUUAAUGUCUCUACGACGGUCCCUGCGCCUUGGGACCUAGUGCUGGGUGAUCUUGCUGAUGGCAGAGCCGAAGCUGCGCUUGGAGGCAUCUGGGUUCCUUCAAUGUACCGUGGAAGGGGAACAAGCUACACGGCCUUUGCCCAAGUAUCCAACAGGGCACCACUCGCUCUAGUCAAGCGCGGCAGCUCCGAGGGCUUCAAAGUUUCAGAUAUCAUGGGGCGAACAGUUCUCCUGAAAUCUGGCAACGGAGCCAGCGUCGGGCUCUUUUUCAAAAUGAUGCUGCGCGACAACGGCAUCUCCCCAGAUUCCGUGAAUUUUGUGCAGGAUCUCGACGGUAUCAUGUUGGGAAACCUCUUCCAGGGCGGCAUGGGCGACUACUUUUUCGUCGACAACGUUACGGCUCGUGUAAUGGCUGCCCGAAAUCCCAACGUGUCUGUAGCCAUGGAGAUGGUCAUUGAUGGGGGAGAGAUCCCCUGGAGUGUAUACUAUCGUGAGACUGAGACCACCACUCCGGGUGUUCUAGAUGCACAGACACGGUUUUGUAUGGCCCUUGGAAAGGCCAUAGACUGGAUUCUCCAGAACGAUGCUGACUCAUUCCGAGAUGAGCUGGCGCAGAUUUUCCCUAAGAUUCCAGUCGAUAUUCUUGUCGCUUUAACCAAUCUAUAUCGUAGGAAGGAUAUGUGGACAACCCCUACGGUGUCUCGCAAGGGAUUCGAGCGCUGGCAGAAAGGCAUUGCGGACGGCCUUCUCGUCGAAAAGCCAUUUCGCUACGAAGCCAUUGUCAACAAUGGGCCUGCCUCAGAAGCACAAAGCCGAAAGCCUUGA